UGACAACCUAUCAGCUGUUUUCUCAAAUAUUUGGUUAGGAAGUUUGUAAAUUGAGAAAUAGAAAAAUUUUACACUUACAUUUAUUUAAAACGGAAUUAUUUAUAUUAAACCAAUAUGAAUAAAAUUUGUGGUCGACUUCUUUCGGUGCUUAUUAAACCUAGCGUUCAAAGUACUAAAGCUUUAAAUAAUAUCGCAGCACGAACCUUUUCAUUCAGAAGUGAUUUAUCAUUGGAAACAUUAUAUCCAAAAAGCAAAUUACAAUUGUUUACUCCAUCGGCGCCAAUAUCAACAGGAGACAAAUUUUCUGGUUAUAUCCCUAUCAAUGAAUUGAAUAUAACUUAUAGUCGCAGUUCUGGUCCUGGUGGCCAGCACGUGAAUUGCGUAAACACCAAAGUUGACCUGCGAUUUAAGUUAGCUUCAGCAACUUGGAUACCAGAGAAAACUAAAGAAAAACUAUUAGUUGGGCUAAAAAAUAAAAUUAGCAAAGAAGGUUACUUUGUCAUUAAGAGCGAUCUAACACGUUCGCAACAAAUGAACCUUGCAGAUGCUUUAGAAAAACUUCGAGAAAUUAUUCGGAAAUAUGAAAUUGAGACACCACAGCCUACAGAUGAAACAUUAGAGAAAAUCAGACGAAGAAAAGAGAGAGCUGCCCGAGAAAGACUUUUCAUCAAACGUAAAAGGUCUCAAACCAAAGCUGAUCGCCAAGGACCCAAUGUUGACUUCUAAAUUAUUAAUAAAUUUGUUAAAUUAAGAACUGAAAUAUAAAUAAACAUUUUUUGGGAGAGAUCAGUAAAACAAA